CUUGAGCGUCGUGAGCAGUCAAAAAAUUACAGUAUAGUGGCAGAUAACGAGAAGCGACAUCCGCCUACGUAUACCUUUGGUUGUGGCAGCAGUUAACUAUCAUCACGAGACCAUGUGGCGAUUACAGCGAAGGUGGCUGCUUUUUCUACCGCUUCUGCUCGGUCUUCCAACCAGCAUACAUGCUAUGCUUGAGCCGUGGGAUCUUCCCAACUGGGGUGGCUGGGGUAGGUCCCAGACCACAACCUCCUCGCCGGAAGACCUUCGACUGAAAUAUGGGCGGCCCUGCAUGAACUACGUCCUCUCUGGCUGCAGCGCCAAAUGGAAGUACUGUGGAUGCGAUACACCGGCAUUCAACCUCAGCAACAUCGCGCCCAACGCCUCCUCUUUCGAGUUUGGCGACUGGAACGCUUGGAUUGAUUUCUGCACACCCAGCUGCCUCCUCGAUACCUUUACGCCCCUUCCCCACCGUCCCAAUCUAACAAGCGUGGAAUUAACCAAUAUCUGGGCGGCUCCAGAUGAUCGGCCCUUUCCCGUCGCCGGCUUCUUGGUCAAUCUGCAGUCCACGCUAACCGAUUUGCUGCUUUCUCAUAUCUACCUGCCUACGAUCACGCGGGAGACCUUCGCCGGGUUUCUGACGCUGCGGGGACUGCAACUCCUGGGCAAUCGUAUGUCAGCCAUUGACGCUAACGCCUUUACCGCGCUUGGUGAACGGCCGGGCUCGGCCUUGCCCCAACUAAGCACGCUCAAUAUCAACGCCAACAACAUCACCACGCUCGACUGGUCGGCGUUUAAGCCGCUGAUGAGCAGUGUCAAGAGGAUUGUCCUGAUCAACAACAACAUCCAGCGUAUAUUUCUCAGCCGCUUCUACGUGUUGCACGGCGUGGAGAGCGUCGACCUGGCGGACAACCACAACCUGACCAGCGUGGACAACCGCUUCCUGCGCAGUUUCUCCUCAAAGACCGAUCGGCCGCAUCUCAACCUCGAGGAAACGGCUCUCUGCUCGUCUGCCAUGCAGUGUCAGCGGAUCAGCAAGAUUUACGGCCCUUUUGGUGAUGGGAUUUGCUGCAGCGAUUUUGCGUACAGGCAGUCUCCGGCCGAGGCGGGCCUUGGCACGACAACCGAAGAGUACUAACACCUUUUUUCAAGUUUUUUUUCGACUCCACAGAUUGCGCAGUAGCGUGCCGACAAAAUCCGGUUUCGCUAAACUUGUGGCACUUGUGCGCGCCUUUUCAUCACACAAACUAACCAUAUCCGAAUCAUUCGGAUUGUGAUCAAGUUUCAGAUAGCCUGUGCGAUUACGUUACGUGUUUGAGUACCGCAAAAUUUUCUAUAAUAUUCAUUCAUCUAUAAAACCUAUAUCGGG